CUGUCCAUUGAGUGGCUUGAACAGUGCAACAGGCAGGGUGGAUUGAUUUAAAUCAAGGCCACUGAAAUCAACUCUUUAAAUCACCAAGUGGAAAGCUGCGAUUUAAUCAUCGAUUUUAAACAACGUUUCCAUUUGUGCUUCAGUUACUUUCUAGAGAGAGGUGCAUUCUCCUUGGUUGAUAAAAUCAUUAAAACGUGUUGAUUUACAACUAAAUAGAGCCUUUACACUAGAUUUGGUACAUCUCUUUACGACCUAGGAGUGUACACUGUAAUUUUAUAUAUUUAUUUAAGCAAUUAUAUAACUUAAUUUUUUCAGAUUCUUAUUAAUUGUACAUUUUUAUUAUGUGAGAAAAUGGUGAAUGAUAUAUUGUUUAUUUACUAGCGACGUAACUUUUUGCUCAUGAUUUGUAUCCGGCUGCAUUAGGAUGCUAACUGGAAUUUAAUUAAACACAAAACAGCAUAUAACAUUUAUUGUUAUUAAUCAAAACAAGCCCUUAAUACAGCACAUGCUUUAUUGUACCAUAUUUAUAAAGCGUGGCCUCAAAAGUGAGAUGCUUCCCCCCUGAUUCUUUCUUUAUACAGAAAAAGUCACCUUUAACUGAAAAGUUUUUGAUAGAGGCUUAUGGAUUCAACAUCAAUAUUUUUAUUUAAAUGCUUUAAGAGAUUAUAAUAAAUUUAGGCCUUAACCUAUUUUGUAUUAAAUUCAGAUUGCAUUUUGAACAGGUUUAUUUUUAAAAAGAAAAACUUGUUAUAAUUUAAAUAACAAAAUAAAUCUGAUUUAAAUCGACAAAACAAUCUUUUUACCCCCUCACACCCGCGGCCAAAAAAAAAAAAAAAGGAUUUGUAUCCACCCUGGAGCUGGGUGUUGUCCUUCUGCCAUUAAAUCCCCUCCAUGCAGCUUGGCACCAGAUUGAAAUUGCUGCCUGGCUGGCAGGAUCCUUCACUGUCCAGAACAGAAAUUCCUUACAUUCCUUUCCAGAGUGAAAGCCCACCCGUUCUUAGGCACAGAGGCUAGAACUUGGACAUGUGUUCUUGCUCAUGCAGGCAGCACCCACUGGCCAUCCUGUUAGAGCUUCCAUUCCCAUUCACUGGCGUGGGGGUGUUAACGUUGUCUCCCCACUCUGUCCCGCGACUGUCCUUUCCUCCCUUAUUUCCCUGAGGGAGGAGCAAGCAAGCAGCACCUUUAUACAUGUUUUUUGGCAGAUUGCACUGGAAAAGCUGUAUCUUUUAAAGAAAACACACGUACGUGCCUUUCUCUGUCCCUCCCGUCCUCUCCCUCCUCUGGGCCAGCUGCGUGCUGGUGCUUCAGGCUAUAGGGCUGCCCUGUGAGGUACGCUGCAGAAACAAGGAAUGCAUGGAUGUCAAUGGACCAACACAGGAGCUGCGUCCGCGUCUCUGUCACCUUAUGAAAGGCCCCAGUGGCUACGGGUUCAACCUCCACAGUGAAAAGUCCAGACCUGGGCAGUUCAUCCGUUCGGUAGAUCCCGAUUCACCAGCCUCUAAAGCGGGCCUCCGACCCCAGGACAAGCUUGUCGAGGUGAACGGGAUAAAUGUGGAAGGCAUGAAACACUCCGAGGUUGUGUCAAACAUCAAGGCCAAGGAGAACGAAGCCAAGCUCCUAGUGGUGGAUCCCGAAACGGAUGAAUACUUCAAGAAACUGGGGAUAAUCCCCACGGAGGAGCACAUCAAAGGUGGAGUGCCUCAGCCUAUUACUAAUGGGUCUGCACAAACCCAGCUGAAUGGAGGAUCCAUGUCUUCAUCCCAUAGUGAUCUUCAAAGUCCUGAGAAGGAAUCAGAGGAGGGAGAGUCUGAGAAGAAGGACCCAUUUGAGGAAAGUGGCCUGAACCUGAGCCCGACUGCGGCAGAGGCCAAGGAGAAAGCGCGCGCCAAGCGGGUGAACAAGAGGGCUCCGCAGAUGGACUGGAACAAGAAACGGGAGAUUUUCAGCAACUUCUAAGCCAGGACGGCAGCUCUUCCCCUUCCCCCCACCCUCCAAACUGAACAUCUCCAACGCGCACCAGCCCCCUUCCUGGCUGUCGACCUAAGACGCUUUGUGCUCUGCUCUUCAUUGGUCGCUUUUUGCAAGGCAAAUUUUUAAAAAGGGUCGUUUAUGGACAAGUGAUUCCAGUAGAAAGAUGACCAAAGCUCCUCCCAGCACUUACCCGGCUGCCUGCGGUUCCCACAUUGCUGCUGAAGAAAGACUGGAAAGAUUUCAGUUUUCCUUCUUACCUGCUUUAUUUCGGUUUUUACUAUUUUGAGCUUCCCCCAGCCGCAGAAUCCCCGGUGGGAUAUUAUGCAUUCCUGUUUAAAAGCCUUGCGCUGAGGGCUCCCAAACUGCAAACUCUUAUUCGUUUCAAUUCAAAAUUAUCUAGUUUGUUUAAAAAAAAAAAAAAAAAAAAUUGAAAAAAAUCCCACUCUGAGCUACAGUGUUCAAUACUCACAUGGUGGGAGAUUGGUCAGUGGCUACACAUUUCUCUCUCGUUGGCUUCUCUAUUGAUUUAGAAGGGUUGGUGGGGUUUUUUGUUUGUUUUUGGUGUAAAAAAGAAAAGUCCCCAUCUGUUUCUCAUUAAUGCUGGAACCACUCUCCCCCGGGAUCCCUUUAACCAGUGCAAUAAAAGCCCUUUUCUCAGCAAACCUUUUCCCUUCUGUGCUCCACCCCCGCCUCCCCUCAAAACAAACUCUGGGUGUUGAGAAGAUGGUAGGACUUAAAAACAAAACAAAAAUCCCACAAAACCUAGUAGCCCAAAUAACCCAAGCCUCAGAUGUGCAUAAUAAAAUGCAGAAAUGGCAGGAGAGGAGGGGAAUAACCCCCCCCCCCCCGACAAUAAAGGAAUGUCUGCGAUUCCUGUUAGCACAUCCACACGCAAGGUUUUCUGUCCCCGAUCUCUACUGGAAGCCCUGCGAGAACAAACUCAGUGAGACACUGGAAACAUGGCUCUUCAGGCGGACUUCAAAGAAGCACAACUGAGUGUCUCCUCAGCUGGGAACUGAAAUCCCUGAAGACCUUGCUUUGAGAGGCACUCAUGAAAACGGCUUCAAGCAAGAGCAAUCCAGCGGCGGCUCGUCCACUCAGACGCUGGCUUCAGAACCAAGCCCCAACCCGAACCUGCUUUGCUAUUCCUGACUCAGGGUUUAAACCUCUCACAUUUUCCUGCUGAUCUCUCACCAGCUGCAUUGCCAACCUGGAAGAAUAACAAGCAAGCUCUCUGUUGUCUUACGUUGGGCUGGGCCGGGCCCCUUGUAGCAAUGUGAUCUGGCAUGUGGAUUGUCUUAUAGGAAGAUGGAAUACGAUCUGCUGGUCCACACCGUAUUGCUAACCGUUAAACAGGCAGCGGGGUUGGCGGAGCAGACAACUGCUUUGGCUUUAGGCCCCUCUUUGAAAACACCCUGCUCUCAAUGUUAGAGAGUUCCAUAAAAUGUACCAUUAAAGCUAUCCGACAUAGCCAUGACUAAACUAGUAUAAAAUCUUCACUACUUACCUCGGGCUUCAAACGAGGGACACUAACGAAGAUUAAAUUAAACGUGUACUAAUGGCUUCCAGGCAGUGGAGUUGUACUGGGGCUGGAUCUGUGCCGUAGAGAGCGGGACGAUUCCCGUUGCCUUUUUACUGAAAGCUAACAAAACAGCCUUUUUGGCUGACAUGUAUUUUGUAACAAUGGCAAAAAUAGUAUUAAAAAAGCAGGUGGGGUGGGGGAUGGGCAGAGCAGACAGUUUAGGUAAAUGACCACUCCCCACCCCCACCCUCCAGCUAAUGACACACUAGGGCAAGAAUGUAAGAUUUGCAAUAGUAUUUACGAUAAAGCACAUGGUUCAGUUUUUUUGCCCCAGGUUACCCUCAGACUCUGUAUAAUGAACAAGUGGCCUUUGACUUUGUGCACUAUGGUCUUGUUAAGGUUCUGUGUAUAUUUCGUAAUACUGAGCUAAAAAAGGUGCCUUAUAACAUUUACUGUUCCUUUCAGUAGAUGGAUGUAUCGCAGCACAGUGGGGAGGGGAUGGAGGGGGUGUUCGGCUUCUUUGCAGGGACCAGUGAAGUGCGAGGCUGUGACCAUACUGAAGACAGGGCUUUUGGCUGGGCUUGCUUUUAGGGAGGAUGUACAGUGUUAGUGGGGCAAAUGGAUGCAAAUAGGAUCUUGGAAAGAAAUCUCUGCAAGUGUUUGGCUGUAAGCCCUGGGACUGACACCAGGUUGGAGAGGGUUAGUAAGAAGUCUAGAGCUUUUCUUCCCUACAGGAGUCUCACAUUGGCCUCUUACCUUGCGUUUCAAAAGAAAAUUUGAUGGCGGGGGGAGGAGGGAGGGCUGUUUGCUGUUGGCCACAACAAACAGUUGCUGCUCUAAGAAGUCAGUAACAAAAGAAUCUUACACUCACGAUAUGCAGAUUGCUUUCAAUCCCUGUACUUCCAACUAAGACAGAGACAGUAUGCGAGUCUGCUAGGGGUAAAACCUCCCCAGUUACAUUGCAAGGUAGGUGUUAAAAUACAGCGUAGCAAACAAGGAAGUCAUUCUCGAAAAGCCUGUAAAUAAGACAGAACCAACGUAGUGGAGGGGAAAAUAGCAUGGUUGUGUUUUCUUUUUAAUGCUGAUCAAAAUAAAUCAGGUAUGCAAAUAUGUACCAAUACGAUUUUAAAAUUAUCGCUGCAUAGUCCAUGGAAACGGCUCAUGGUUAAAGCACUUAUCGCUAUUUCUGACAUCUAGUAGCUCUGUAAUAAUAAUUAUUCAGUUUCUGUACAUUUAACUUGAAAAACCAAUACAAGUAUAAAGUUAUCUGCAUUGUAAAGACAAUGUAUACUGUAAUGUCAAUAAUAAACUUUGUUUUGCCAUGUACAGCUUAAAA